CGAGUUCUGACCCACUUGAGUCAAACAUCAAAUUCUGACCACUGAUAUCGACCGAGAACGAGACUCCACGCGAACCCUCGACCACCAUCCACCCAUCCCAUUCGACUUUUCUCUCCUCAAAACUGGCCUCUUCUUCUCCAUUCUUCCUCACGUAACUCUACACCACCAUCCAUGGCGACAGCCUCUUCUCCAAGCUUCCUCCUCCUUCCCCACUCUCUCACUCUUCACUCCUCUGUGUCUCACUCUUGCCUUGUUCCAACCACGGCUCAGUUCCCCAAACGACGUCGUUUGUUGGGUCAUGGAGAUCGUAGGAGAAGCCUUUCUCUGAGAUCAGCUGAGAAUGAUGUUUCUGCUGCUGUUGAGCCUCCCCCGCCGCCUCCACCUCCGCCCGAGGAGGACGUUAGGUCGCCCAGAAAUUAUCUCCUGCCCAACUUAAAGCUCAAGUUAUUGAGUGCUGUGUCUGGGGUAAAUAGAGGCCUUGCAGCAAGCGAGGAUGAUCUACUCAAGGCAGAAGAGGCUGCCAAGGAGCUUGAGGCAGCUGGAGGAUCAGUAGAUUUAUCAAAAGAUCUUGAUAAACUGCAAGGGAGAUGGAAACUGAUAUAUAGCAGUGCCUUUUCUUCUCGAACUCUAGGGGGGAGCCGUCCUGGUCCUCCCACUGGAAGGUUACUUCCAAUAACUCUUGGCCAGGUAUUUCAGCGUAUUGACAUCUUUAGCAGGGACUUUGAUAACAUAGUCGACCUUGAAUUAGGUGCUCCUUGGCCAUUGCCGCCUAUUGAAGUGACUGCCACAUUAGCCCAUAAAUUUGAAUUCACAGGAUCUGCAAAGAUUAAAAUUACAUUCGAGAAAACGACAGUAAAAUCAACUGGAAACCUGUCUCAACUUCCGCCAUUGGAGUUACCUCGGCUUCCAGAUGGAUUAAGGCCUCAAUCUAAUCCGGGAAGUGGUGAAUUUGAAGUUACUUAUCUGGAUGAUGAUAUACGAGUCACCAGAGGAGAUAGAGGGGAGCUAAGGGUUUUUGUGGUGUCUUAAUGAAUGCCUUGGCUUGGCUUGGCAUGAUGAGCAGUUUUCCUUCCAUGCUUCACUGUUUUAUCAACAGAUUUUAUCUCAUUCUUUCUUGCUUUGUUUUGGUUGAUAUAUCACAAAGUCUUGUAUACUUGUAAAUUUGUCAUUGUAUGAACUGAAUAGUGACUAUAUUCCAUAUAGGCUUAGUUCAGGGCCAAUUUAAUGUUUUUGAAA